AUGAAAUCAGGCACCUCAUGGUUGAAUUCUAUGCAAAUGAAUCCAAUAGACUUUGCUGAAAUCGAUUACUUGGAUCCAGCCUUAAAGGAUGGACACAAAAUCCUUUACGAUCGCAUUUUAAACAUUAAUAUUCGAUUCUAAGAUCGAUUCUCCGAAAACCUAUUCGUCUCCGAGUCUUACAACUAGGGAAUUGAUAGUAAUCCCUAAUCAAUCAAAAUCGAAAUUAGUUCAGAAAAGGAUCUGUUCUUUUUAUUUCAUCAUGAAGCCACAGUUAAUGGUUUCACUUAGAUCAAAGCAUUGUAAAAUUUGCAAAUGCCAUUUAAGGAUUAUGCUUAGAUAACAAUUGCUACUUUAAAUAAAGUUGAAUAAAACUACAAUGGGUAUGGAGCCAUCUUCCAAGUAAUGCUGGAUGGCUCUGCUCGUUUGGAAAUCAAUCAGACAACAGAAUUUAGAAGUGUCCACAUGAUUCACUUUGACUUUCAUUAAGUUGAGGAAUCAUUUUUACGUUAGACCAUUGUAUUUAAAUACAAUCAACAACGAAAAGAAAUCAAAUAUCUUACUCAAUCACUUGGCGAAUGCAGAAUGAGAGCCACUGGAACAUUCAAAUGA